GUGUGGGGGUGGGGGUGUAUUGGACUCUGCGCAGGCGCAGCAGUCGUACGACGUCCUUGCUUUACGGCCUGCCCGAGCGGUUUGCCGUAGGGAAUCGGAGGUGCGGUGCAAGGCUUUUGGGCGCGGUUCGACUUGAGCGCGACUCACGUCCCGAGCCGGCCACUUGCAGGGCCCUCGUCAUGGAGCCGGAACAGCUGCUGGAGGGACAGACGCCGGGUUCAGAAAAUCCUCACUCCGAGUAUGGACUCACGGAAAACGUCGAGCGAAUAGUGGAAAAUGAGAAGAUUAAUGCAGAAAAGUCAUCAAAACAGAAGGUGGACCUUCAAUCAUUGCCAACUCGUGCCUACUUGGAUCAGACAGUUGUACCCAUUUUAUUACAGGGACUUGCUGUGCUUGCAAAAGAAAGACCUCCAAAUCCCAUUGAAUUUCUAGCAUCGUAUCUUUUAAAAAACAAGUCACAGUUUGAGGAUCGAAACUAAUUUCGGGAAAAGAAUAAAAUAAUUUGGUUGUUACUGUAGAUAUAUAUGAUUAAGAGGCAGUUUAUAUUGCCAUGAUUCCUUUUUUUUUUCUUUUGAAAGUAUAUGAAUGUUCAGGACCACAGAUCUUGUUUCAGUAACUCCAGAAGGGAACAUAUUUCCCUUAUUCUUUAUUUAAUGAACAUACUUAUUUAAUGAGCAUAUUCUGUUUUUAUUUUUUCACAUUGUCUUAAACUUUGUCUUAAAAUCAACCUUCAGAAUAAAUUGAUAAAAAUUUGAUUAUUGGAAAGCAGUUUUUAUUGAGGAUAUUUAAUAUUGUUUGGGUAUUACUUAAUAGGUAGCACUAAUCCUAUUUUUAUCUUUUUUUUUGCAUUAUAGUUUCCUUUGGGUUAAAUUUUGCAAUGUUGUGUUGGAUUUAUAGUACAAUGAAGAUAAAGCAUAGAGAAAAAAGAUACUAGAAAAACUUAAGCAUUUUAAAUGGUAAUCAUUUUGCCAUUCUUGCAUAACCAUCAUUAUCUUGCCUUAACCUGGCUCUCUCUAAGUAUUGGUACUUCAUAGCCAAGCAAAAAGUAGCAUUGUUCCUUCAAUUCCUUCCCUAAACAAUUAUAUGGCACCUGAGGCUCUGAUGCAUCUGCUUGCUCUGUUUUUUGUGAAAAUGCUGAGGUAACCCACCAUCCAGGAAGAAAGUUUAUGGAUUAGUCCCUGGAGAAAAGAGCAUUAAGAUAGGCAAGGAAAAAAUAAAAAUAAGUACCAGUUUUAAAAGAAAAUACAUGAAUUUCAUGUUUCCCAAAGUUUUGUAAAAAAAAAAAACCAAAACACAAAAUUUCAGGAAAUGGUAUAACAGAAUGAGGUUACUCAAUAAAAGUAGCACUGCUUUGCAUCUGCCAAAUUUGUGUUUAUAUUAGUAACAGAAAUCUGGAAAUAACUGCUUUUUGUAAUUUCCACAGUUGUAUCAUCAUGUAAGAAAUAUACCGAAUUUGGAGUUAAUUCUUGAGCUUACCUAUUUAUGAAGUUUAGUCUUUCAUCAGCUUUAUCUUUAGCACCUCACAGGGUUAUUACAAAUGUAAGAACAUAUGUAACACUUUUUGUAGAUUGCAAAGUUCUAUAAAAUUUUAAGGUGCUAUUAUUUUCAAAUGGAUUAGAUUGUGAGCUUCAGAGCAGGGCUGCAGUGUUAUUUUUGCAUAUUAACUUAAUAAAAUAUUUGAAGUAAUCAGACCACAUUUUUCAUUCUGCCUGGUUUAGUUAAUUUACAUAAAUCUGCCCUGGCAUUAAAAUUUUUAAUUUACACUUAAAUCUUAAUAAAAAUAAACAUAAAAUAAUAUUUUUUCAUUUGCCAAAUUUUUCAUUUACCAAAUUCAAGUAAAUUAGCUGGUAAAAAAAGAAUGUUUUCUAUCCCUAUGUUUCCAAGUCUGUCCAUUACCUUAAAAAACAUUUUAAACUCUUACCUUUUGUCUUAGAAUUUAUAUGGUUCUAAGGCAGAAAAGUGGUAAGGGCUAGGCAAGUGGCCUUAAGUGACUUGACCUGGGUCACACAUCUAGGAAUUAUCUGAGAACAGAUUGUCUCCAGGCCUGGUUCUCUAUCCACUGAGCCACUUGGCUGCCCCUGUCUAUAACUACUUUUGACAGUUUUUUUUAAAAUAAUCGUCUGUCUCCAUGUGUAUGAUACUGGUUCUACCAGUCUCAUUUUUCAUCAGGUCAUCUGGUCUUCUGAUAUUCCUGUUGUAUUCUUUAAAUUUAUGAAAUUCCAUGACAUUAACAUAUAAUUCAGCCAUUUUCCAAUAAUUGAAAUAUAGGUUGUAGCUAAUUUAAUGCUAUUACAAAUAAAGCAGUUGUGAAUAAUUUUGUAUAGAUAGAUUAUUUUCCCUUUUUAUGAUAAUCUUAAUAUAAAAUAUUAGCAAUAGAAUUACUGGCUCAAAAGGUAUCAGGUGAUUUGUGAAUUUUAUUGUAUGUUACUGUGUUUUACCAAAUACCUACAUAGAUCUGUAGUUGCCAUUAGCAGUGUAUUAGAGUGCCUAUUUUUCUUGACCUGUUAAAACUCAGUAUGAUCUUUUUGCUGUUUCAUUUUAUGUGUACUUAUUAUGCUAUUUUAAGGUUGCUUUGAUUUUCAUCUCUGAUUGUUUGAGAAUUGGAGCAGCUUUUCCUGUGGUUAUUAAAUGUUUCCAUUUUCCCUGAAACUUGUUACAGUUGCUUAGGUAAACUAUAAUUGUUUAACAAUAAAAUGCAUACCGUGUAGUAAAAAAA